GACAGAACCAAGAAUCAUUGUAGCGGAGGCUUUACACUCUCGUGUUACCGACAUUUCAUGCAUGCAGCAUGGAACACAACCAAAAUUGGGCACUGCAUUAUCCGCUUGAUAAAUGGGCAUAGCACGGACACACACCAAGUGGAGACUUUAUCGGCAGUGGUUGAAAAUGGGUGUAGCGAAAUAGUUCCAAAAAUGAAAAUGGGCGUAAAGCGCUGGAAUCAGCCGAGCGAAGCGAAAACGGUAUCAAGUAAAACGCCGGCGUGGCCGCUUUCAGGUUUCUCUCUGCUGAUAUAUAUAUGUACACGUACAUACUCUAUAAUAACUUGUCUUUCUGUGAUUGUAAUAAAGUGAUUACAGCGGCAAGUUUAACUUAACGAUGAAAAACAAUGGCUUAACAACUAUAGGCCAUUACGAAAGUUAUUUUUAUUUCUUUGCUUGGUCGGGUGCCAUCAUUUAUUCCGUGUAUCAAUUUUAUUCGGCAAACAAUUAUUUUAAUGAAUAUUACGAUGCAUAUGGUGAUUUUGCUUCAGGAUGGACAUGGGUUGGAAAGAAACGAGAUAUUGCUGACAAAGAGUGGCUUGUAUGGCUUACAUUAGUGAACAAAUUGAUACCUUACGUUUUUAUACAUCAUUUUGUCAGUCAGAUUGUUAAAGUCAAUAGUAAUAAUAUGAUAUUGUGCUAUUGGUACAUCUUGUCGUCAAUAAUUUUUCUGUAUUACUAUUUGGGUACGAUGAGCAUGUUAUGUGUAGUGCUGCAACCUAGUUUUUUACAUGUAGUAACAUUUAUGUGCAGCAAGAAUGCAGCAUGGGCUGUACAUAUCUUGUAUCUAUUUGUAAUAUACAUAUUAAAAAUACCAAAUGGUACUUUUCAAAGUUGGUUAGGAAUCAAUGAUGAGAAACAUUAUGUUUUAACACUUGUAAUGUGUUGGAUACAUUUAAGAAGUAUCAGUCACAAUAUGGAUAGCAUUGACGACCAAUUCUCCAGCUCAAACAAUUUUAUACAGAAAUUAGCAUAUUGCUUGUACCUGCCUACAUUAUUUUUAGGACCGCUUAUUUUGUAUCACGAAUUUGUGGAAUCUAUUAAUCAGCCACAUCAUUAUUGGAAUUGCCAGAGGCUUUUAACUUUUAUAUUAAAUUUAGUCAGAUAUACAUUUUGGUUAUACUUUACUGAAUUGUUGCUACAUUUUAUUUACGUAAAUGCUAUACAGUACCACUUUCAGGUUAUACAAAACUUGAAUUCUUGGGCACUAUAUGGUUUAGGAUAUUGCAUGGGACAAUUUUUCUUAAAUAAAUAUGUUGUAAUCUACGGAACAUGCAGUAGUCUAUGUUAUUUAGAUAACGUAAAAGCGCCACCACAGCCUAAAUGCAUAGCUAGAAUUCAUUUAUAUUCUGACAUGUGGAAACAUUUUGAUCGAGGAUUAUACAAAUUUCUAAUAAGAUAUAUUUAUGUUCCUAUACGAAAAUCGAAUGGAUAUUUUGGAAAACUGUUUGCAUCAUUUUCAUGUUUCACGUUUGUCUUUAUAUGGCAUGGAAUACAGAUAAAUAUAUUGAUUUGGACACUGCUUAAUUUCAUAGGAAUAGUAAUCGAAAAUAUAGGAGUAUCAAUUGGCAAAAGUACACAGUAUCUUAAAAUACAGAAUAUGUAUUUAUCUUCAAAAAAUACUAGGAGACUCCAUUGCGUACUAGCAAGUCCUCUUUUAGCACUGUCAGCCGUAUCCAAUUUUUAUUUUUUGGGUGGACAAGAAAUAGGAAAUAUCUUUAUAGAAAAUAUAUUAUAUCAUGGAUCAUGGAAAAGUCUGUCUGCUCUGCUGUUCUUUCUUUAUUGUUGCUGUCAAGUUUCUGUAGAUGUUAAAAGUUGGGAAAUACGUCAUAUUAGAAGAUGAUGCAAAUGUUUAAAAAAUGGACUACUAAAUAAAUGUUUGUUCAUAGAUUGAUUCAAUACUUUAAAUGGAAAAGAAACACGAUAAAGAAAAAGUUAACAUUAAUGUUGACAGUUAAAAUAAUAAAAAACGAUUGGGGUAAGGUGAGCCAUCACUGGAACAAAGGUGACAAGUUAUAUAAAUAAAUUUUAGUAUAAGUAUAUUAGAGGAAUGAUAAUGUCGUGGUACAAUUGAAGGUUUCGGUCGAUGAAGGUGACUCUCUUCAGCAAAACAUUAUCAAGUAAAAACACUUGGUCUACAUUUUAGAAGGCGAUGAGUCAUAAAACACAUUCGUUAUAGCAGAAUUAUAUGUAAAAAAUGUUUUGAAUUUUCACUUAUAAUGUACGCAAGUCCAAAUAAUAUAUAGGUAGAUUGGUCAAUUGUAUGAUCCCAUUUUAUCGUGCCUUCUAUUGCAGUGCAUAUCAACUGUCUGAUACUUUGUUUGGUAUCGGAGGGUGGUAUAUCAGUUAAAGUUAAAUAAAUUGCAAAUAAAUAGUAAAAACGAAGUGUGUCAAGAAGAUAAAAUCGUAAAAAAAUUGUAAAAGUUAAAUAAAUAGGACAAAAACAAAGUUAUUUAAUAACUUAAUUGUUAAAAAGAGUCAAAAGUAAAAUUGUAGAAGUACUUACGAGUAUUAUAGAAAAAACGAUGGAGAUAUGUAAAUAUAUUAUAACGAACUGAUGUGAUAUGUACAUUGGUCUGUUUUAUCAUUAUAUCAGAGGUGAUAUUUAUAUGUAUAUAACUAAGUCGAUAUGUUAAAACUAUUAUAAACGAAGUAUGAUUGGACUGAGAUAAUAAAAGGUCAAUCAAUGAGGAGAA